GGACCAGGACAAAAUUUGCUUCAUAUUCCCAAACCAUGGGGAGAGUGGGCACUGUCAUUCCUGGUGCCCAUAGGACACCUGCCACCAAGAGCCCCCGGAAUGUUCAGUCCCUGGGUAUCACAUCCAUGGACCUUCAUUCAAUCCCCCUCGAGGGGCUUCUCCAGCAGCCUGGACCAGUUGCUGCCUGCCCCACACCGUGCUGAGAUCUCGGCCUCUGAGCACAUGGAUCUUGGAAUUGUUGCAGAGAAUGAGAAGGUGCAGCUGCAGGAUGGGAACGAUGGGAUGUACCAGCUUGGAGACUCCCAGGAGGGGAUGGGGAAGCUGGCUAGCUCCAAGACAGAUUUCCCAGCCAGGGUGCUCUUCAGUGAAGAGGAAAAACUGAAGAUUUCCAAGGACCUCGUCGAUCUCCAGAUAGAGACCAACAAAAUGAAGGAGCAGUACGAGACGGAGAACUUUGAACUGAAAAAUAUGAUCCUGGCCCUGGAGAGCCGUGUGCGGGAGCUGGAGCUGUGCAGUGAGAAGGUGACGGGGGAGCGAGAUUCCCUGCGGGAGCGCCUGCGAGCCCUGGAGAGCGCUCGGAAGGAGCUGGCACAGGAGUACAUCAUUCUGAAAAGCAACUACCUGGCCCUUGGGAAAGAGCUGGACCAGGAGGUCAGGAGGAAUGAAGAGCUCACCCAAGAGCUCCUCAACCUGGCCAAAGGCAGGAACACCCUUCCUGGCACAGAGAGCACCCACCUGCCUGCCAUGGCCCAUCAAUCCUCUGCGGAGCUGGAAAGAGUGAGGGGGAAGCCUGAAGAUGUAGUUGCCUCUGGACACGAGCGGCAGGAGCUGGAGAGAAACUUGCUUGGAAACCAGGAUCACAUAAAAGUGGAGCUUGAAAAACUGAAGAAAACCCACGACUGGCAGCAGAAGCUGGAGGAGCGAGUGCUGGGGCUGGGGAAGGAGCUGCAGGAGGCAAAGGGAGCGAUCGGGGACACGCAGCGCAGGCUGGUGGAGCAGUCAGCGGUGCUGCUCACGUCCCAGAGCCAGCUGCAGGAGGUGGAGGCAGAGAACUCCCGGCUGCAGCUCCGGCUGAAGGAGCUGAACGAGGAAUAUCGCUCCCGGCUGGCGCGGUACAUCAGGGACGUGGCGAACUACAUGGACAGCAAAUCCAACCACGUGACAGGACACAGCAAAGCCCCAGCUGAUCAUGCUGCCAUGAAGCACUUUGUGGACAACAUGCUGAAGGAUAUCCGGGCUUCCUACAAGUCUCGGGAGGAGCAGCUGGCACGGGCAGCACGUGGGUACAAGAAACGCAUGAAGGACCUGGUGAAGAAGCACGAGAACCUGCUGAUUGCCUAUGGGCUCCAGCGAGAGCAGAUCCGGUCCCUGGGGAGCAGUGCUGUGGACUGUGGCCCUGCUGAGCUCCACUUCUCCAUCUCGGACCCAGAGCUGCUCACAAACACCACCCGGGAGCUGAACCGGCUGCGGGAGGAAAAGGCGAAGCUGGAGAUGCAGCUCCAGGAACUGCAAAAGAAAAGACUGAAAGAAGCCUCUGCCUUUCCACUGCCUCCAGAGCAGCAGCUGGAUGAGGAGGGCUGGGCAGAGGUCAGGAAGCAGCUCCGGGAAUUCACACACAACACCCAGGAGGAUCUGGAGCAGGAGAGGAGCCAGCUGCUGACUCGGGCUGUCGUGGCAGAGGAGCAGGUGUUGGAGCUGCAGGAGUACGUAGAUCAGCAUCUUGCCAGGUACAAGCAGGAGAUCCUGCGGCUCAGGAACGCUGAGGGCAGCGAGGGGCCACGUGUGCUCAGUGCCAGGGCAGCUGCUGCUCCCCCCCUGCCCAGAGCCAGGACUGUCAGCCAUGAUCCAUAGCACUCCGUGAGGAGCAGCACCAACACAGGGAAGAGCGGGAUUCAAAGCAGGAGGUUUGUGUUCUACGGACUGCCAGGAAAGUAUCCUGCCCAGGCCGGGAGCUGGGAAAGCACGUGGGUGUUCCCCGUCUCGAGUUCACAGGACUAAAAUGAGAAGAGACAACUGUGUCUCGUCUUUCCUCGUCUAUCCCCGGGCUGCAGGAAUUCUGCUGUUCCCUGAGCACAUCACGGACACGGGGUCAGGUUCCCAGGCAGCUCUUUAAUGCUGGGCUGCAGGGACAGGUUCCUGUUCCUGCUGUAACAUUUCUGGGUGAGACCUGGACCAGAGCCCAAGGGCUGCUCCUGCCUCGCUCCCCUCCCUCCCAGCUCCCGUGACACGGAGCCAAGUCUGGCUCAAGGCACUCUGAGGCUGGACAAAGGGAUGAGCUGCUCUUUACCUGUGAGGGUGGGGAGGCCCUGGCACAGGUUGCCCAGAGAAGCUGUGGCUGCCCCAUCCCUGGGAGUGUCCAA